UGCCUGCCGGUAGGUCUUAUAAAUUACUUCAAAUUGAUGCUGGAAGGUUUUCUGUCUUUCUUUCUCUAAGAGAGGAUCUCGUUCCUUUUAUCGCCAUGUCUGGCCGCGGAAAGCAGGGAGGCAAGGCUCGCGCCAAGGCUAAAUCUCGUUCGUCCCGGGCCGGGCUGCAGUUCCCAGUGGGCCGUGUGCACCGUUUGCUCCGUAAGGGUAACUACGCCGAGCGGGUCGGCGCCGGAGCUCCGGUUUACAUGGCGGCGGUCCUGGAGUAUUUAACUGCAGAAAUUUUGGAGCUGGCGGGAAACGCAGCUCGGGACAACAAGAAAACCCGUAUCAUCCCCCGCCAUUUGCAGCUAGCAGUGCGCAACGACGAGGAGCUCAACAAACUCCUCGGGGGAGUCACCAUUGCUCAAGGCGGUGUCUUGCCAAACAUCCAGGCCGUCUUGCUGCCCAAGAAAACCGAGAGCCAUAAGCCUGGCAAAAGCAAAUAAACGUUAAGGGGGACUAGA